GGCGCCAAGAUCCCCACAUAAAGUACAAGCCUGGUUGGACCUAAUUUCCCGUCAUUCCCUCCUUAAUUUUUAUAUAUAUAUUCUCCUUAAGAAUAAACAGGGUAAAUAUACAGAGAAAGUAAAGGGAAAAAAUGAUUUGUUCGGCAAGUCUCAUUCUCCUCCGCGUCUGCCCACUCCCAUAUUCAACUUGAUUUUUCUCUUCUCAUUUCUCCUUUCUCCUUUCUUUCCUUCUUCCUUUCUUACUGCUCCAAGAACACACCUUGUGUAUGGCCAAAGCUGGAGUCAUGUAUGAAACCGAUUCAUCCAUGGAGGCAAAGGCCGGGGAGCUGAAGAAAGAAUUGCAGAGACUGGUGAAGUCCAUAGCCGACGACGAUGAUUUUCGGCUCGAUGCUGUACGCGAGGCCAUGAGAGUAUUGUCUGCUCUGAGGGACUUGAAGAAAGCGAAGCGCUCCAUCUCUUUUAACCUUGAUAAUCUUACUGUUCCCGACGAGUUCAGGUGCCCAAUAUCCAAAGAACUCAUGAGGGACCCGGUCGUCUUGGCCAGUGGAGAGACUUACGACAAGCCAUUCAUUCAAAAGUGGCUGAACGAAGGCAACCGGACCUGUCCUCAAACUCAACAAGUCCUCUCCCACACAAUUCUGACCCCUAACCUCUUGGUGCGAGAAAUGAUUUCAAAAUGGUGCAAGGAUCAUGGGAUUGAACAGCCACCCUGUGUUUGGAAAUGUAACGAGGAAGUGUUCACUGAUGCAGACCGCAACCGUCUGAAUUCUUUGCUCGAGAAGAUGUCCUCUUCACUUUCUGUUCAGAAGGAGGCUGCAAAAGAACUUCGGCAGCUGACAAAGCGAAUGCCUUCAUUCCGGGGCCUUUUUGUUGAAUCUACCAAUGCCAUUCCUCAAUUGCUCAGUCCACUCUCAGCUGGCAGGACUAACUUGGAUCCCGAUCUCCAAGAAGAUUUGAUCACAACAGUCCUGAAUCUCGCAAUUCACGACAGUAAUAAGCAAAUUAUGGGGGAGAAUCCUUUGGUCAUUCCUCUACUUAAUGAUUCCUUGAAAUCUGGAUCCAUUGAAACCAGAAGCAAUGCUGCUGCAGCUCUCUUCACACUUUCGGCACUUGAUUCCAAUAAGAUUAUUAUUGGGGAGUCAGGUUCUCUGAAACAUUUGGUCGAUCUUUUAGAUGAAGGGAAUCCUUUAGCCAUGAAGGAUGCUGCUUCGGCAAUAUUCAACCUUUGUAUUAUGAUUGAGAACAAGGGGAGAGCUGUCCAUGCUGGGGCAGUCCCUGUGAUCCUGAAGAAGAUUAUGGACCGUGUGCUAGUUGAUGAGCUGUUGGCUAUUCUUGCAAUGCUUUCCAGCCACCAGAAGGCUGUCGAAGAGAUGACAGAGCUUGGAGCCGUGCCUUGCCUGCUUAGCAUAAUGAGGGAGAACAACUGCGAGCGCAACAAGGAGAACAGCGUAUCGAUCAUAUACACAAUAUGUUUCUAUGAUCGGAGUAAGUUGAAGGAGGUCAGGGAAGAUGAGGACAAAAACGGUACAAUUUCCACCAUCGCACGGACCGGGACCUCGAGGGCCAAAAGGAAGGCCAAUGGUGUCCUUGAGAGGCUGAACAAAGUUACUUCAAUCACACAUACGGCGUAAUGAAAGGAGUCGUCCCCGAGCACCCUCUGUACAUAUUCCCCAGUCCAAUUCCAACCAACCUUGUACAUAGCAGUCCCAAUCAAAACAUGGACCCUGUACAAAUAUUACAUAUUCUUACAGAUUUUUCUGAAAAUUCAGCCCACCUCAAGUUUUGGUCAGUAUAGAUAGACGAACAAAGGAUAUUGGAUUUUCAUCCUCAUUUAUGAUUAAACAAAUACAUAGCAGUACAGGUAUAGUUCACUUUUCUGGCAA